AUGAGUUUAAUUUUUUUUUUCUUCCUUUUUGAGGGACACAUUGGCACAUCAACUUAUGGAGUACUUUGGCUUAAGGAGGAAUCUCUUGUUACAGAGAUAAUCCGUUUAGCAGAAGAAUGCGGUGUUUUCUCAGUCAGAGGCACAGCCUUUUACACCCUUGGUCUUCUUGCUUCCACCCGCCAAGGUGCUGAUCUUCUUGCUCAGUAUGGCUGGGAGUCCAUUUGGAGAAAUCGAGCAGAAAAAUGGCCAAUUGUUGAACAUCAUGAACCAACAGUUGAUGAUGGAGUUAUGUCCCCUGACACUCCCAGUGAUCGAAACCUUAGCAUCUCUAGUGGAACGCGCUCAGACAGUGAAGAGUCUUCCAUGAAUGCACACUUGGGAAAUCACUGUAACUUCGAGCAAUACAGCUCGGAGGAACGUGAGGAUAACAAGUCAAACCGUGCUUAUCCGAAGCACUUGAAUAUUCCGGGAAGCACAAAGGAUGACUCAGACAUCACUCUUCACAGGCUGACAAACAUUAGUCGAAGCUCGACGCUUCCCCCGCGGUCAAGUGGGUUUGACCGUUCUCAAGCCACUCAGUUUUCGACCAAGAGUAAAUCAAUGCAUGGCUUUCUCAAAGAUCGGACGUUUUUGUCACCUGUCAACUCGUCAAGUCCUGCAUCAUUCGGAUCCGGGGAUCGAUCUCCAACGAAAUCCUUGCAUUUGAUGAUAUCAUCCCAGUCUGAACGUUCUUCAAUAGAAAAAGUUGAGGAGGAAAAUGCAGAAUCACUGUCAGAAUUUCAAGAAAACGACUCCAACAAAUUAGCCAACAAUGUCUCCAACUUGACCGACCACAGCAGUGGUCGGAUGUUUGACAUUACCUCAUAUCGGACACGGGUUGGUAGCCUUCGAGACCAGCAAAGUGGCAGUGACAGUUCUAAGACUAGCAAAAGUCGUGCAGACAGUUUCAACACUGACUCCACGACCAGUGGGGUCAGCUCUUGUGACUCGGGCCCAACUAUGACUUGUGAUACAAUGUGUCGAAGUCCAAUAACAGGCUCAAGCACUACUAUUUUGACUAAUGAUACUGGUCAUUCAACAUUGUCCGAUGGAAAAGACUACGUUCACCCGUCUUCACAGCAACGGAAACUUGUCAAUCUGACUAGAGUGCCAAGUUUAAGGCGGCAUUGUGGUAGUCCUCCUUAUGGCAUCAAGCCGUGUGUCCAGGGAUUGGACCAUCUUGUCGAUAACCCUGUGACUUACACGAGCACAAGAGAUGCUGCGGGGUUAGCCACAUUGCGGCUGAUCAGACGACAACGUACUUCCAGUUCAGAUGUGGACUCUGAUUAUGGGCUCAAUAAUUUGUAUGGUGACGAUGAUGAUGCCUUUAGCCGGACUUGUAGCAUCGGAUCGCAGAAAAGUGCAGAAGCACUUAGUUAUCAUGAAUCGAAUCAAAGCGUUCACCGCUCACGGUCGUGCCAACCGAAGCAAGCACCCACCUCUGGCAAGUGGGACACACAUCCAGCCCGCAAAUCAGGCUCCCAAGAACAGGAUGAGAGGUGA